UAGCCCCGAAUUUCCUCACUCCUCACUCAGUUCUCGUACAGAUAAGUCUAGCGAGCUCCGUAAAAUUAAAAAUAUAUUUCGAUAAUUUUGUAAUUUUACAAUUGUGUUUAUUCGGUUUUGUUCAAAAAACUAGUUGAACUCAAUUUCGAAAAGAAAAACGCAACAACGCAAUCGGGUGUGACUAUAUCUUGUGAACGAGUGGGAUUCGUGUGGGAUCUGUUAUACACUAAGAUAGUAUAAUGCGUAACCGAAAGAGACAGAUUAUGCAGCUGCUGGAGAAUAUGGGGUCCGCCCAGGAGGAGAUCGUCAGCCGGGCCACCGAGGAGCUACAAAAGAAGUGCAAUGAUGCUACGAGCACAGUCUUCAUCUGUACGGUGAUGCGAUCCAACGAUGUCGUCAAGAUGCGCCAGAACGCGGCCACUAUCCUGGCCUUGCGUCUGGCCAAGGCUGAGGUAUGGCAACAGCUGACCGAGCAGCAGUCUGCCACCAUUAUGACAGAUCUGUUCGAGAGUCUCAAGUCGCUGGAGUACGAUGGGGACAAGCAGCUGCAGGGCUCGGUUGUGCGCAACUUGGGUCUGGCCAUGGCCCAGGAGCGAGGAUCGUGGACCGAGGCCGUCUUUGAUUAUAUCGAAGCUACAUGCCUGUCGGAGGAUGUGGAACGUCGCCACCUGGGAUCGAUAAUCUUCAGCAGCCUGCCGGAUGCCUCGUCUGAGGUGUUCGUGAAUCAGAUGGAGCGUGCCCAGCGCAUCUUCUUGGACGGCCUGCAAUUGGCCCAUGACACGGGUAAUCUGGUGAGCCCGAUCACCGAUUGCCUGAGCGUCGGUUGGCUUCAAGCUCUGAUUGCGGGACACAGCCAUUUUCAAAUAGGCGACAAGUUCAGCUCAUCCAUGCCGCUGUUGAUGCGGUUCUGCAGGCUAUGCCCGAACCAUCCCAACAAGGUCAAGUGCGUCCGGGGCUUUCUACUGAUCGGCAGCCUUCAUUACUACAAACCAGCGUUUUUCUGGAAGCAUUCCGGCAUGAUUAGCGACACCAUGAUGGCCCUAGCCACAGACAUUAAUCUGCCCAUGCCCAUGCGGGUUGAAGCGUUGAAGAUGCUGCGUGAAUUGGUGCUGGAGAAGCUCUCCGAGAUUUCAAAACUAAAGCUGAUGGAUAACUUCCUUAUGACUUUGCAUCGCGUACUGGCCGUCGAGCCGAUUUUCGACUCGGAUGGCGAUGAAGACUACCUCGGAUUGUGUCGCCGCAGACCGUCCACACUAGUUACUGGAGUGGCCACCCUGAAGAAGUUGGUCAAGAAGUCGAAAAGCGGUAAGCUGGUCACCCGGUGCCUGCGCCUCUUCACAACUUAUUUGGAUACCAAACCCAAGCCCCUACAUCGCAUGGCGGUCUAUGUCUUUUUCGGCGUGAUGUGCGAAGGAUUCGCCACCGCAAUGCGACUGAAACAGAUGAAGGGGAUAUUUGAUCUGGUCAAGAACGGAUGCAAUGACGAAGAGCCCUUGGUGAGCAAGGCUGCGUACUUUUCUCUAUCAAAGAUGUUGGAGGGGCAGCUCCCAGGGAUAGCCCAACUAGCCGACCGAAUAAUGCCCGUGUUUUACACGUAUUUUGAACAAGAUUUUGACUCCUGUCGAGUCCCUUUCAGUGGCUCGCACGUGGACACACGGCUAUUCUAUUCCCUGGAGCUGCUCCUCCACCAUCUUCGUCCGUCCGUCCUAGAGCGUUAUGCUCCCGAUCUGAUGUCCCGUCUGUUGCAACUCUUCCAUCUGGAGGAUGAUUGGAAAAAUGUGCGCAAAAUGGCGCUCAGCAGUAUUGCCGGAUUGUGCGAUGUAGUGGGUGCGGGUAUGGAGUCCCAAUUCGAUGCUGUGGUGGAUGCCACCCAGCCGUGUCUUCAAUUGACUGGAAAGGAUGGAUUACAAGUUCGGGGACAGGCCAUAAGGGUGUUUGCCGUCUUGGCUCGUGUUAGCAAAGAAAAGUUCACCAAUCUGGCGCCCAUGUUACUGACCAUGGAUGUGAGUUUCCUGGAAGAGAGUGACUUGCCCGAAUCCUAUACAUUCUCGCUGAUGACUGAACUGUGUGCCGUCAUGCCGAACGAGUGCAGCGGCCAUGUGAAGCUAAUUGUGGAGGCGGUUUUCAAGACAUUGUCUUCUUUCGAAAUCGAUCUAGAGAAGGAUAAGUUGGAGGAACAGGCCGUCAGGAUGCAGGAUGUUCGUGUGCGCGGAUAUGAAGACGACUACGUUGAUGAAACGGAUGAAAGCGAAGAUGAUUCCGACGACGACGACGACGAUGAUGAUAGUUCAUUAUCAUCCCUCACCUCCAAUAGCUCCGAUUCGGAUGUACGCGAUGCCCGAGAGGAGGCCAUUCUAUGCCUCAAAAGUCUAGCCAUUCAUGUGCCCGAUAGCUUGGAGCCCUUCAAAAAGGAGGCUGUUGGCCGGUUGGAAGAGUGCCUGGAGCUGAAUGAGGAGAACGUGAGCAUGGUGGCCUUCGAGACUCUAACCCAGUUUGUGGUGAUUUUCUGGAAGAAAGGAAACUACGCCGAGGCCACUCGUCUUUCCACCAAGAUUAUCGGAAAAGCUAUACCACAGAUGGUCAAGACUUUUGAAACAAAGAUCGUUUAUACCCACAUUGUAUCCAUUCGCAUCCUACUCACCGAACUGAACGAUCGGGCACUGGAGAAGGUCUCGCAGGGACCAAAGAUCUUCAGGUUUCUCAAGAGUAUAAUGCGGCGCAGGUUGAACUGUCUGAAGGACGUAGUGUGGAGUUGCAACGACGAGGUGUCGGAAUUAAAGCCCAACGAUCCGGAAUAUUGGUGCGAUAUGUUUAAAUUUGAAAACAAACUAGUGCACGAGGCCUUAGCGAUCCUACCGAUUUUGUGCAAAGCCAUGGGAGCUCAACGAUUCUCGCAGCUACUCGAACCCCUGACCCGUUCAUGUCUAUCCCAGUACGGUUGUUCCGCAAUGGAGGUCUACUUCUGUGGCGUCGUCAUCACAUGUCUGGAUGUCAUGGAGGAUACAGCCGAUCCCUUCUACAAGCCCAUCUGUAGGUGUAUCUCGAAGAAUCUACGUUAUCGUUUCGAUCAUGUGCGUCGAAGUUGUUUCAAGUCCUUGGACGCUAUUGUUGACUAUUUGGACCGCAAACCGGAUGUUAUCCUGGCGAUGGCCACAUCCUUGGUUGACGUUGUUCGCGAUUGCAAAGGUCUAACUGACAUGGAAAUGCAAUCGGGAUUGAAAGUCAUGUGCAAAAUGAUCAUUUUCGAUCACAACAAGUGCCCAGUUGGCGAUUUUCUGGAUUUAAUUUUCAACCACCCUACAUUUAUUGUUGGUGCGGAUCUGCAGGGACAUGAUGUUGUGUUGCUAGCCUCGGCUCUCCUUAUUCUUGUCGAUAACCAGAACGAGGUCUUCCAUCCGUACACCACCAAGAUACUAGAGAUGUUCUUCAAACUCUUGAUGAAGAACCAGUUGGAUAACGAAGACAAACUACAAAAGGCCAAGAACCUCAUUACGGCUAUCAAGCAGUCACGUCCUGAAGACUUUAAUGCCGUCGCCUUGAAGUACGAAUCUGUAGUUGCUCAGCUGUUUCCCUAA